UACAUAACUUCGAUCCACUAUUGAACCAUCUGAGACUCUUCUGGUCAUCUUCUUAAUAAGUCUCCUUUUAUAAUGGAGCACACUGAUCUAUUUCCGUGGAUGUCUACGAAAUGCAAUUAAUUUCUCCGCGUACGACACCCGAACCCUGGUCAUUGGGUGGAAUGAAUAGUACUCUGCCUCUAACGGGUUCAUGAUAUGAUAUGCUCCUCCCCCGCUCGCAGGGGGAGUUAAUGUUGGCGGGGUGCCGCUGGGUAGGAUCAUUGAGGAGCGGAAGGUAGUAGCUGCACCAUCACCCGUAGCAUUCGCGGUCGCGCAAGAAGAAGAAGAAGAAGAAGAAGAAGAAGAAAAGAAGAAGAGAAGAAAAUAUGGCGACGAAAGAUGGCAGCAUCAUCGUCGUCCUCGCCACAUAUGCACCCUUACACCCACCCCGUCCAGCUCGAACGCCUAGCCAAGAGCGCGACGGUAGGACUAUCCACGGCGGAGAAGGUCAGCCGUAAUGAGCCGGAAUUUAUCGGGACGGUCAAUGUGGAGCAGAAAGUGCGUGCCGUGCAGGAUACGUACAAUGCGCUGUUUGAAGCUGCGGCGGACGCGACGGAGGAGGCCAUCUAUAAUGCCCUGGUGAGCUCGGAGGAUAUGGAAGGGCCUGGCGGAUUGAAGGUUAAGGCGUUGUUGGAUCAUGAGGUGCUCAAGGAGGUUGUGGGGAAAUACCUGUAGAGGAUUGAUUGGCUUAAUUAAUCCUUUGUGUAGAAUUGUAUUGCAGGGCAUUCUACUUGCUUUUGUAGUCUCAGAGGUAGGUUUGUUUUGGUUCAGGUUCCACUCCCUCUUUUUCACUCCUUUCCCCUCAUUAUCAUAGAUCACCCAAUUGCACAGAGCAAUAAAUUCAUAAAAGAGGUACUCAAGUUGAUUUCAAACCCUUGACUAAUCUGUCAUAUUUCUUGGAAACUAGCUCUGAAACAUGUUUAAUUACAUUUAUUAUUCUCAUUCUUCACCAGUCCUGACAUGAAAAAG